UCGAUUGUCCGACAACUCAAAGCCAAGCCCGGCAGAAGCUUUCAAGUAAAACAUCCAAAGCACCCAUAGCUAUCUCUGCUCUGCUCUCGUUUUAAGUUUCCUUGCAAGAUGAGCAUCAGAGAAGUUGAAGUCGCAGGCAAUAUAGUGACGAUUUAUGAGCCCGACGACGUCUAUGACCCAGUCACAGGCCGAGCUCUCACCGGGUCCUGGAUCUGGGACUCGUCCUUCAUCCUAUCAGAGUGGAUGGCGAGCCAUGGCCGACUCGAUUUUGACUUCCAUGGCCGAACCGUGGUUGAACUCGGUGCCGGAACCGGACUCCCCGGUCUAACAGCAGCAUUACUCGGCGCCAACCAUGUGGUUCUCACCGACGUUGCGCAACUUCUUCCUGGGCUACGGAAGAACGUCGAAGCCAAUGCACUUGAGGACCGAGUCCAGGUAAGGGAACUGCUUUGGGGAUCGGACGAGUCGCAGACGAGUGACGGCAGUGAGUUGGGGCAUGUGGGCUUGGUGCUGAUGUCUGACGUGUUCUUCGGUGCGUCGGAGACGGCUGCGCUAGCGAAGACGCUGAAGAGGCUAUGUGGGAGCGAGACGAGAAUUUGGUCGGCGAGUGAGAUUCGAGGGUGGAUUGGAGAUAGUCUAGAGGAGUUGAGGCGUGAAGGAUUCGGAGUGGUUGAGCUGCCGAGUCAACAACUCGUUCUGUCCUCAUCGUCGGCAGCGUCAAUGGCAAUUGAGGAUCCACCGUCGUUUGCUGUUUUUCUUCUCGUGCCACCUAGUUGUGACUCAGGAGCUGCAACGGACAUUACUUAAGCUGAAACGUAGGCUCCUGUAUACAUCUCUGUUUUAGAGCAGUUGAAUCAAUCGAUACCUCGAGGCUUCAUCAUCGCUUGCAUGAUGAUAAGGUCCCACUCCUGCGCGUUAA